AUGGCCGAGAAGUCAAUAAACGAAUCGGUGGAUGAGUAUGAACAUUACAAUUACGAGGAUGAUAAAAUCGAUGGAUUUAAAGGAGGAAGAUACCGAACUAAAAAGGAGGCGGAGGAUCAUCACAAAAAAGGUGAUAACCGGACAAAUCGUGUCCACGUUGAUAAGCAGGUGAACAACGAGGAAAAACAGCGGGAACAGAAGCUGAAGCACUCAUCCGAGUCAAGUACGUGA